AUGGCUUUGAUGCAGUUAUUCCAUGCCAAUAAUCGAAACAAUUUACGACGCAACAGAAUUUUUAGAGACAGGUUGAAUCCCUUAGACGCCUAUGAUGACCACGAGUUGCUGUAUAGAUAUAGGAUGUCUAGACAAACGUUAAUGAGGGUGAUCGAUAUGGUCCGAGAUGACAUUGUUCAUGAAACUCAAAGAUCAUAUGCCUUGACACCAGAACAACAGACGUUUGCAGCGAUAAGAUAUUAUGCCACAGGAUCGUUCCAGACAGUGGUUGGAGAUACAAUGGGGAUUAGCCAGCCAUCAAUGUCAAGGAUUGUCCAGAGAGUGUCUUCUGCUUUAUGUCGUCAUGCCGGACAAUACAUCAGAUUUCCGACAACUCCUAGAUUUCAGCAAGCAGUUAAAGAAGGCUUCAUGAAUGAAUUCACAUUCCCAAAUGUUCUAGGUUGUGUGGAUGGCUCACUAGUACAAAUUAAAGCACCCUCCACCAGAGAAGACAUGUAUGUGUGUCGUAAAGGAUACCAUGCGCUUAACAUUCAAGGCAUAUGUGACAGUCAAAAGAAAUUCCUAAACCUUGUUGUUCGUUGGCCAGGGUCAUCUCAUGAUGCUUUUAUUUGGAAUGAAAGUGGAGUUAAAAGGUAUAUGGAAAACCAUGCAGACUGUGGUUACUUGCUAGGAGAUCAGGCGUAUCCUCUUAAGCCGUAUUUGCUUACCCCUGUUAGAAAUCCCCAGUCAGACGGCGAGCUAGCCUAUAACAGACUUCAUCAGAGAACAAGACAGCGUGUAGAGGAUACGUUUGGACGAUGGAAAUGUCGAUGGUUAAUGCUGCACAAAUUCGGUGAGAACAUACAUAUAUCUGUCAGUGAAUGGCCUUUUUAA